GUGUGUGUGCGUGUGUGUGUUGAACGGAGCGGAGGUGAAGAAGAGGAGGAUGAAGCUGGGAGCGGAGGAUGGGAGGAAGAGUGGAGUAAGAGACAGGCUGUAGCACUGUGUGAAUGAGUGAGUGAGGAAGAGGAGAGGAAGGUCGUCUGGGGGCCAAAAAACAAAAAAACAAACUGUUUUGGAACAUUACUAUCGGAACUUUCAACUUUCAGCCGUCACUCAUCGGCUUAUGCCCGGAGCCGGCUUUGUUUCGCGGCGGGGGUGUCUGCGAUAAAUGAAGGAAUAAAAUAGACCCACGUCGAGUUUUGUUCAACCCAAGCGGACUAUUCCCUGGGAUAGUUUUCCAGAAGGCCACGAGAGAAUGGCGGCUAACAUGUACCGAGUAGGAGAUUAUGUCUACUUCGAAAACUCCUCCAGUAACCCAUAUCUGAUCCGGAGAAUAGAGGAGCUCAACAAGACUGCCAAUGGCAACGUGGAGGCCAAAGUGGUGUGUCUGUUCAGGAGGAGGGACAUCUCAGGAAACCUCAACACUCUGGCUGACAGCAACGCAAGAGAGUUUGAGGAAGAGUCCAAACAGCCAACUCUUUCAGAACAACAGAAACACCAGCUCAAGCACAGAGAACUGUUCCUAUCUCGACAGUUUGAGUCUCUACCUGCAACACACAUACGGGGCAAAUGUAAUGUGACACUCCUCAAUGAGACUGAUGUGCUGUCUGGGUACCUGGACAAAGAGGACUGCUUCUUUUACUCGCUGGUGUUCGACCCUGUGCAGAAGACACUGCUUGCUGACCAGGGAGAGAUCCGAGUGGGCUCUAAGUACCAGGCAGAGAUUCCAGACAUGCUGGCUGAAGAUGAAUCAGACACCAGAGUCCAGGAGAAACUGGAAACCAAGGUGUGGGACCCCGACAACCAGCUCAAAGACUCUCAGAUCGACCAGUUCCUGGUGGUGGCAAGGGCGGUGGGCACCUUCGCCAGAGCGCUGGACUGCAGCAGCUCUAUCCGACAGCCCAGUCUCCACAUGAGUGCCGCCGCAGCCUCCAGGGACAUCACACUGUUCCAUGCUAUGGACACCCUGCAGAAGAACGGCUAUGAUCUGGCCAAAGCCAUGUCCACUCUGGUUCCUCAGGGUGGCCCUGUGCUCUGUCGAGAUGAAAUGGAAGAGUGGAGUGCCUCUGAGGCCAUGCUGUUUGAGGAGGCCCUGGAGAAAUAUGGAAAAGACUUCAACGACAUCCGCCAGGACUUUCUGCCAUGGAAGUCACUGGCCAGUGUGGUGCAGUUCUACUACAUGUGGAAAACUACAGACCGCUAUAUUCAGCAGAAACGCCUAAAAGCCGCUGAAGCUGACAGCAAGCUGAAGCAGGUGUACAUCCCCACCUACACCAAACCUAAUCCAAACCAGAUCAUGGUGCCAGGCAGCAAACCAGGGAUGAACGGAGCCGCUGGGUUCCAGAAAGGCCUCAGCUGUGAGAGUUGCCACACUGCCCAGUCUCCUCAGUGGUAUGCCUGGGGGCCUCCGAACAUGCAGUGCAGACUGUGUGCCUCAUGCUGGAUUUACUGGAAGAAGUAUGGAGGCCUGAAGACUCCCACACAACUGGAGGGUGCAGCCCGCGGAGGCUCUGAGUCUGGUCCUCGAGGUCACAUGACUCGACAGGAAGUGCAGGGCAUGUCCCCAUUCACCCGAAAUGAAGGCAGAGCCAAACUUCUCGCCAAGAACCGUCAGACUUUCAUCCUCCAGACAACCAAACUGACACGUGUUGCUCGGAGAGUCUGUGAGGAUAUACUACAGCCACGACGAGCUGCCCGCCGGCCAUACGCCUCCAUCAAUGCCAACGCUGUCAAGGCUGAGUGUAUGCCUAUUCAUCUGUGUUUUAAAGAGCCCUCUACUCUGUUCUGUGUUCUCACCAAGUGUGUCUUUUUAGGUAUGACCAGGCUGCCUAAAGCCACUAAGACCCCCCUUAAGACCAAAAUCAUCCCUCGACCGUCACUGGCGAGCAUUGUCAAAGACCUGGCCAUCUCUGCUCCCCUCAAACUCAAGGCGUCCCGAGGACCACCAACUCCUAUCAACAGAAACCAAGCCACGCAGCCACGUGUGGGCCAAGGCCUCCUGGGAAAGAGAGGCUUUGACAGUGCAACAGGGGUUCCCUACCCAGCCAAUGGGAGGCCAUACACAUCAGGGUUAAGGACCAGCUCUCAGUCUGUCAUCAAGCGACCAAAAAUGAACCAAGGAGAGGCUCCCAACCCUGUGGUGUUUGUGGCCACCAAGGAUACCAGAGCGCUGAGAAAACACUUGACCCAGUCUGAGAUGCGGCGAGCAGCGAGGAAGCCACACCUCCCAGUCAGGAUAAAGUUGCCCCCUCCUCCCCGCUCCCUGGCUAUGCCCCUGCUGCCCUCCAGCACCAGUGAGCCCAUCGUCUUGGAGGACUGAAGGACUGUGUGCACUGGACAUGGAUACUGUGUCUUUACUUUGUUUUUUGUCCAGCCCUUCACUUCUGUUACUUCCCAAAACUUUGACUUUGUCCAGACUUUUAUUCCAUGCCCUUAACUGUCUGCCCUUUUAUAACACCCAUUUUUUACAUGUGUAAUUUAAAGCAGAUAUUUUCAUCCUAAUAUGAUGACAAAGCACACAAUGUUCCCCAUGUCUUUAUGUAAAUAUAUGCAUCUUUGUGGGGUCAUCCCUCCAGUAUUUGGAGUGGGGGACAGUGUGCACCUGUCGGAGCUGAAGGUCUGAUAAGACUUGCUUUGCACUCCUCACUUCAGCUGCAGGGGCCUAGAGCCCACGACAUUCAGGCUGUUAACAGCAGAGUAUGUGGUCUGAGAGUUUGUUUGCAGUGACAACUCGUUACCUUUUAGUGAUCGUUUUUAGUCUACAGGGCCUCCCCAAUGUGUCAAAACUACGUGGAGUUUAUAUUUUCUCAUAUAUAAUCACAAAUCAUAUAAUGAGAUAUGUGUAUCCAAUUCAAAAUCAUGACAGCCUUAACUUGUUUUUCCUGAUUAGUACUUUUAAAAGACACAUCUUGCAUUUCCUAACAUUGUUCUAGGGAAAUGAAUGAUGUAAGUCAGUAGUAGUAGUAUUAUUAUUACUGGUUGUAAAACUGAGCUGUGUCUGAAGGCAUGUUUAUCUCACCUUAUGCUCGCAGAAAACUUUGUGUUGGCCCUGUAGCUUAAAGAGAUCAUAGAUUUGUAGGACAAAAUCUUGUGUAGUUUUGAGGCUCAGUAAAUACUUACCAUGGAUUUGCACGGGUGACUGUGCCAUGACUGAUCACCAUGGUGACAAACACAUUAGGCGUUCUGUAUGUGUCUGCAUAUGUGCAAGCCAUAAUGUGUAAUACACAUUUAAAAAUGACCAGAGAAAAAGCAAUGAAAAGUUGGGUCAACAAUGUGACCAAAUCUGAAUAAAAAGCAAUAUGUGGAGUCUACAGAAGAGGAUUAAGGCAUGUGAGAUUAAGUUAAAACUUAUUUUAUAUUCUUAUUUUGAGUUUUCAUUUGGCCUUAAUCUUCUCUGUAGGAGACCAAUGAUGUCUAACUUGAGUGAAAUGAUUGUGUAUAAAAAUACAAAAGAUGUGUCACUUGUAGUUUCACAUAAAUUUGACUUUUGUCGUUUGUACUAUAAUAAAGGUGAACGCAAAAAUGCUGAUUGGCUAAUUAUAACUCCAUAUUUGAAGUGAACAGUGGAGUUAUAGGCAAGUUUGGUCCCAAUGUGGGCUGUGUAAUAUUUCUAAUAUUGAAAUUGAAGUGUUGACUUUGUAGCAAAUAAUGUGUAAAAAGUACAAAAACUGGUGUAAUGAAAACUUUUGUACAUUUGACGUGUGUAACUCUGCUCCCGUGUGAUGGAGAUGGCUCUAACAGGCUACUGUACAUGUGACAUACUGCUCUCCUUCAUGGGCAGGUGGACAUUUGAAACUGGGGACAAAGGGAUGGGCUGUGAUUUUUGUAUGGAGAGACAAACAUGCUACAACUGAAGCUUUUCUCAAUUUGUUUUUUAUUCUGAUGUCUGUAUCAUUUAAUGUAUCUUCAUAAAAAAUAAAUAAGAUUUUCUGUGGUCA